UUUUAAAAGUACGAAACGUCAAACAACUGUCAUAAUUGUCAUAUACGCUGUCAACAAACUAGUGAGUCGGGAUUGUUGUAAAAUUAGUAAAAAUAUCCGAUUCAUACAGUGUUUUUAUCCAAAUUUUAACUGGCUUCUCUUUGUCUUAAAAAUGACGGAAAUAUGGAGUUUAGAUGCACUUUGUCGAUGUUGUCAUGCAGACGGUGAUUUCAAAGAUUUACGAUCAGUAUAUGUUUUCGAUAAUGGGCCUGAAAAUUAUCUUAACAUGUUACUUGAGACCUUGGGAGUCGCAAUUAAGCCUCCGUCCGUCAAUGCAAGCUACUCCAUCUGCGACUCAUGCAUCCUGCAGCUUCGCAAUGCUACCCACUUUAAGACAAAAGUACUGGAAUGCGAGACAAAGUUUGAAGAAUAUUGUAAAAAUGAGUUGUCACAAACAAACUAUGAUAUAAAGACUGAACCAGAAUAUUUAGAUGACUUUGAUAACAAUGAAUUUGGUGAUGAUAUUGAAGUCAAAGACGUUAGUAAAAAUCCAGAAUUCGCCGCAACUAUCAAGAAGCCAGUCAAAAAUAUUAAGAAAGAAAAAGAUACUGAUCACAAUCACUUAGAAUUGACAAUAGACGUGAAACCAAAGAUAGAGGUCAAGCCGAGGAAGAGAAACAAGCCCGUUAAAGGCAAAUCAUCAAAAUCCAAGGCCAAAGUCAAAGAAGAAGAAUCCUUAGUAGUUACCGUGAAAACGGAAGCAGGAGAGCUUUACUCUUGCAAAAACUGUGGCGCCAACUACCAGAACCUGGACCAACUCAACCAACAUAUUAACAUAGAUCAUUUAAAAGGAUACAAAUGUAUGUACUGUCCGGAAUAUUUUAAAAACGAAAAUAGGUACAAAGUUCAUAACCGCUUGCAACACAACGACUUAAAACCAUUCCCCUGCGAGCACUGCGGCAGAAAACUCGGAUCUAAAACGUCACUACUAGAGCACAUCAACUCCGUUCACACCAAAGAAAUCUACUACCAAUGUGAUAAAUGUAUGAAAAAAUUCCACAACAAACAAGUGCUAAAGAUACAUUUGAUGAAACAUGACGGUACCUUUAGAAAAUUAAUUUGCGAGCAAUGUGGGGUAGGUUGCAAUGAUAAGACAAACUUGAGAUAUCAUGUUCUGACAGUUCAUGAAAAGAUAAGGUUAUUCAACUGUCAAGAAUGCGACAAAAAAUUCUCCGCCAUGAAACAUUUGAAGAUACAUAAGAGGUCACACACUGGGGAGAGACCAUUCGAGUGCGAUAUAUGCAAUAAUGCUUUCAUUUCAAGAGAUGCAUUAACUGUACACAAAAGACAGCACGCGAAUAGUGGUUAUAAAUGUAAGACAUGUGCCAAAGUAUUCCCUACUAGAGGUCUCUAUGCUUCUCAUUAUAGAAAACAUGUAGGUACUAAGCCAUUUAAAUGCCAUUUAUGCAAUAAGGAAUUUGCUGGAAAAUACUCCUUAAACCGUCAUGUUUUUGAGCAUACCGGCGCCCGCCCACAUAUAUGUCCAAUUUGUGGUAAAGAUUUCAAACAAAAAAUACAGCUAGUUAGACAUAAUAAGCGCUUUCACGAUCCUCAUAAGGUGGCAGUUAUUAAAGAAAAGUGUGAAUUAUGUAAAAGAACUGUACCUAAUAUAGAGAAACAUAUGUUAGCGCAUACUAAUAAGCCAUACCCUUGCCAUUUGUGUGAAAAGAGAUACCCAGAGCAGAAUGCCUUAAAUAGACAUUUGCAGAGGCAUACCGGGAUCAAACCACACCAAUGCCAAAUGUGUGAUAAAGGAUACAUUCAGUUGAAAAGUCUUAGGGGACAUAUUAUGAAAGUGCAUAAAUUACCUUUGAAAACUGAGCAGGAAGAUCAUUUCGAUAGUGUUGUUAAUACUUAUACCAUUCAGAAUUUGAAAAGGAAGGCAGCUUAUCCUUGAAUUGGUAUUUGAGUUUGUUAAAGGAGAAAAUACACUAAUAUUUUAGUUAUAUUUUUCAUACUUAUAAGAUAGACAAAUGAUAGUUGACCGCCUAUCUGUUUAUUUCGCUUAUUUAUUUAUGUACAAGGGGGUUAAUCCAACUUCACAUUCUUCUAGGCGCCUUGCAGGCUAUCUAGAUCAGCAUUCAAAAUAACUGCCAUUUUAAGAAAAUAUUAUUUGUGGCCAUAUUUUUAAUCUUGACCUUACGUACACGAUUUUCAACUUUAUCUUAGUGGAAUAUGGUAUAUUAUUUAUUGCAAGUAAACUAAUGUGUUAAAUCACUACUCUAGUGGUAUAAGUUUUUGUCAUUUUUACAGAAAAGGUUCCUUAGAGCGACUUGUCAGUACCGAUUCGUCCGUUAGGUCCCUUCCCUUUUCUUGACAAUGUAUCCUAUAAGAUACAUAAUUUUACACCCACUUUUUGUACUUUUUUCUAAAACCUUUUUUUUACUUUAUCAUGCGCAAUGAUAAAGUCAAAAAUUAGUCUUAAACACACGACUUUUUUUAUUUGCCAAUAAAAGGGUAAAACGGAACAGCACAUUUCUCAACUUAAUAGAUCACUGUGAAAAGGUUUAUUUUUUAUUUUGUUAUUAUAUUUUUUUGUAUAAUACUGAAUCGUUGUUUUUUUUUAUAUUAUUGAUACAAAAAUUUUAUGUGUAUAGGUAAUUAUUUAAAGACUGCAGUAAAAGUGAUUGUGAUUUGAUAA